AUGGCCGCCCGGCCCAUCUGCCAGAUCAUCGCCCCCGUCGGCAUGUUGGGCUACGGCUUCGACGAAGAACUCACACGAUAUGAGCUCGCCCAUAUGGUCCCCAAUGGAGUUCCUACAGCCAUUAUCCUCGACUCGGGUUCCACCGAUAGCGGCCCCCAAAAGCUCGCCCUUGGGUCCAUGUCCUGUCCUCGCUCAGCCUACGCCAAAGACUUGUCCAAGCUGCUCCGACUCGUGCACACGUUUCGUGUGCCGCUUAUUUUUGGAUCAGCUGGCGGUGAUGGGACUGACGAACAUGUGAGGGAGAUUGGAGAGAUUAUCGACGAGAUUGCUGCCGAGGAGGGAAAUAAAGACUACAACUUCAAGACGAUAUCCCUAUUUUCAGGAAUUAACAAAUCCACAAUUCUUGAACGACACAAACAAGGGCGAUUGACUGGAUGCGGUGUCUGUGUACCUCCUGCAACGGAAGAAGAGAUCGAAGCAUCAGUCCGAGUCGUCGCGCAAAUGGGCCCAGAGCCCUUUAUCGACGCCAUGGACGCCAACCCCGACUUCGAUGUAAUAAUCGGUGGAAGAGCCUAUGACCCAUCACCAUAUGUCGCUUACUGCACAUACCAACUCAAACGGCAGGUCGAUGGUCUCACAGAAGAGGAUAUCCAGUCCCGAGUCGGCGGCUUUCUACACAUGGGCAAGAUUAUGGAAUGUGGAGGUUUAUGCUCGCUCCCCAAGUCGCAUGGUGCAAUCUCUACAGUCUAUGCAGAUGGCCUGUUUGACGUGAGGCCUACGGCUCCAGAUUCCAUCUGCACCCCUCUGUCUGUCGCCGCACAUACGCUGUAUGAGAAUACGAGACCCGAUCUCUUACGAGGACCCGGCGGAGCUCUUGACCUCACCGAGGCGAAGUAUGAACAAUUGGCCGAUGGUAGAUCAGUGAGAGUCAGGGGAGCUCAGUUUCGGCCGUCCAGGGAAUUCGGCAAGCCGUAUCAACUGAAGCUCGAAGCUGCGCGCCUAGUGGGCUACCGCACCUUGUUUCUGGGUGGUGUUAAGGAUUACAUACUCAUCUCAAAAAUUGACGACGUUCUUGCUAUGAUCAAGGGCUACGUCCACCAACAACAUCCCGAUAAUUCCGGCGAAUGGAAACUCGAUUUCCACGUGUACGGCAAGGAUCAGUACAAUGCCGCGGGACCAGGAGAGCUUUUCGUCGUUGCUGAAGCUCUGGCAUCUACGCAGCAACUUGCGAAUAGCGUUGCCUCCAAGGCAAGAGUUGGCAUGAUUCAUGCACCUUAUCCGGGCCAAAAAGCAACUGCUGGAAACUUUGGCUUCGGAAUUGGAGGUCUUAUGGAGAUUGAGAUGGGCGCAUGCGCUGAAUUCUCACUCUACCAUCUCAUGGAUCUAGAGCCGGGCGAGGAACGUCUUAUCCUUGAUAACGAGAAGCCAUCAUCCAGUAAACUCCAAGGACCCUUGCUGAAAGGAAGCGUUGUCACCAUAGGUAGAGGCUCACCAGCUUCAUCCGAUGAUUCCUUCAGGCAAAGCAUCUCAAGUCUCCGAGAUCAACUUCCCAAAUCUACACCAAAACCGCUUCCCGGCGCCAGACACAUCCCACACACCCAACCGAAGCAAGAGCCCAAGACACUAUCAGACUUAUGCCGCAUCCUCCGUUCCAAGAACGCCGGCCCUUACGAGAUUACCAUCGACGCCAUGUUCGAUUCCGAAACCGACUACCAAGCCAUCAAGUCCUCAGGGCUCCUUUCUCCUGACAACAUAUCUAAAGCCCUCGACAUCCCGAAAGAAGACAUAAUUUGGAUGGGAUUUUUUGAUCCUGCGAGGGCCUUCAAAGUCACAAUUCCCAGAGUUCGCUCGGGAAAGAAAAAGUCCGCGGGAGGUUUCAUGGAGAGCGAUAUCCAUGGGUCACAAGAACACCUGGGACUUGCCAAUCUCAAGCUUCCAGACACCAACAAGAGCCAGUUUGUUGGGGUGCUCUCUAUGGCUAGGCGUGUGUUGGCAAGUAUGAAGUAA